AGUCGCCAUAGCUGUGACACUCAUUCCUUUGUGCUUCACUGGAGAUAGCAGUCAUCAGCUCCAAGAGCAGCUCCAGGCUCGGUCCCUGCUGGAUGCAGGAACAGGCAGCCAGCCGACCAGACAGGGGUGCUGAGGAUGAAGGAAGUUUGGGAGAAGGGGCACAGCUAAUAUCCUGAGUUCCUUGUGCCCUUGACUUCUCUGUGGGCUUGAGAAAGGACUGCCCUACUUCAGGAUGAACCUACCUUCGGAGUCCAGAACCCAGGAGCCCAGCUGCGUGGCCACCCCAGCUUCCCCCAGCAGGUGGGACAGCUACUGGAGCAUCACCUCCAGCCUGGGCCAACCUCUGCCCAUCAAUCCCACGGUAGCCAGGGCUCAGGCUGCUGCCUGGAUCCCUUUCCCCACGGUUGAUGUUCCGGACCAUGCCCACUACACCCUGGGCACAGUGAUCCUGCUGGUGGGGCUCACGGGGAUUCUGGGCAAUCUGAUGGUCAUCUAUACCUUCUGCAGGAGCAGAAGCCUCAGGACACCGGCCAACAUGUUCAUUAUCAACCUCGCGGUCAGCGACUUUUUCAUGUCCUUCACCCAGGCCCCCGUCUUCUUCGCCAGCAGCCUCUAUAAGCGGUGGCUCUUCGGGGAGGCAGGCUGCGAGUUCUAUGCCUUCUGUGGGGCUCUCUUUGGCAUCACCUCCAUGAUUACCCUGAUGGCCAUUGCUCUGGACCGCUACCUGGUGAUCACGCACCCACUGGCCACCAUCGGGGUGGUGUCCAAGAGGCGGGCGGCGUUUGUCCUGCUGGGCGUCUGGCUCUACGCCCUGGCCUGGAGUCUGCCACCCUUCUUUGGUUGGAGCGCCUAUGUACCCGAGGGGCUGCUGACCUCCUGCUCCUGGGACUACAUGAGCUUCACACCAUCAGUCCGAGCCUACACGAUGCUGCUCUUCUGCUUCGUGUUCUUCCUGCCCCUGCUUGUCAUCAUCUACUGUUACAUCUUCAUCUUUAGGGCCAUCCGGGAGACAGGCCAGGCUCUCCAGACUUUCAGGGCCUGCGAGGGCGGUGGUAGGUCCCCCCGGCAACGGCAGCGGCUGCAGAGAGAGUGGAAAAUGGCCAAGAUCGAGCUGCUGGUCAUCCUUCUCUUCGUGCUCUCCUGGGCCCCCUACUCCGUUGUGGCCCUGAUGGCCUUUGCUGGGUACGCGCACGUGCUGACACCCUACAUGAACUCCGUGCCGGCUGUCAUCGCCAAGGCCUCUGCUAUUCACAACCCCAUCAUUUAUGCCAUCACCCACCCCAAAUACAGAAUGGCCAUUGCCCAGCACCUGCCCUGCCUGGGGGUGCUGCUGGGCGUGUCGGGUCAGCGCACGGGCCCCUACGCCAGCUAUCGCUCCACCCACCGCUCCACCCUGAGCAGCCAGACCUCAGACCUCAGCUGGAUCUCCGGACAGAGACUCCAGGCAUCCCUAGGCUCGGAAAGUGAGGUGGGCUGGAUGGACACGGAGGCAGCAGCGGUGUGGGGGGCUGCCCGAGAAGUGAGUGGACGUUUCCCCUGCAGUCAGGGCCUGGAGGACAUGGAAGCCAAGGCCCCUGUCAGUCUCCAGGGACAGGAAGCAGAGACGCCUGUGAAGGCGAUGACAAUGGUGAUGGCUCCGUGGGACACGCCAGCUACUUAUGAGCUGUCUCUGCACCCGGGCUGGGCAUUUCACUGACAUGAGCAGGCCAGCACCCCGUCUCCGGCAGCCAGCAGUGGAAGCUGAGCACAGACUUUCAUGCGCCGGAAACUGUUCUUCACCAUGACCCCCCUUCCUGUUUCCCCAGUGCUGUUUGUGCCACGGCCUGCACUCUUGUGCACACAUACAUUUUCAGGCACACUCUCCUACCUGCGCGUGUUUGCAUGCACACCAAACACAUGUGUGCACACACUGCACCCGUGGCUUGUCAGUGACCUGAGAUCAUCUCAUGGCUCUGACAGUGUAUGGGAAAAUAAAAAGCAGAGAAGCAUGGUUUU